UCAGCAGUCGAACACGAACACGAACACUAAGGAAUUUUUCAGUGGUGUCUGUGUCUGUGAAUUAAUAUUGGGGGUAAAAAAACUGUGUGCGUUUAUUUUGUUUAUAAAUUUAAUUGCAAAUACGGCACAUAAAUACACAGCGCGUACACACACACCUACACAUACGAAUUCAAAAGUGCGCUUAUCAAUGAAUUGAAUUGAAUUUGAGGCAGCAGCAGCAGCAAGAAGCACGCCAACGCCAACGAAGUGAAUUUUUCGAGGGAACGGAAAAAAAUGGCGCCCGCCUCAGCCACAGAAGCAAGUUGACUUUCUUUUCGGUGUGUGUAGUUCGUCGCCGUACUCGUUGUUCGUUUUCGUCGCAUAUUUGUCGCGAUCAAAAAUAGUGAAAAAAGAGAGAAAUAUUGCAAAUUGCAUUCAAAACGCGACGUUGACGUACAGCAGGAGGCUAGUAUUUUGUACGUGAUUUUGUAUAACUACAUACAUAUACAUAUAAUACAAAUACAAGCAACAGAAAAGUGCAAUUACAUUUGCGUUUGGAAAUUUUGCGCUUUUUUCUCUUUCGCCUCCCCCUUUUUCUGCUUUGCUUCAUUUAUAAUGUGCGCUGCACAGAGCAAUCCGCCGCCCUUCGGCUAUACUUGGGGUUUUGCAGACAACGGCAACCGUGCCGCAGAAUCAGUUUUGGAGAUAUCGCCAAAUAUUAACUACACUGUCAGUGGGGAAUCGAUGCCCUAUCUGUUAUCCACGGAUGGAUCAUUGGCCGUACAAAAGGAUGUUAAAGGUGCACUCACCAGCAAUAAGGGCAAUGUCGUUCGUCGCAUGUUCGUGGUGAAUGAUUCCUCGUUUGCGCCCGGAACACAAAGAGUAAUUACCACAGGCGCCGCAUCGACGGUGGUCAAAAAACAGGACUCUGGUCAACAGGUGUUGAGCAUAAAUUCGCUCGAUAAGAACUAUCUUUUGGUCGAUCAGGCAACAGCGGCAGCAGCUGCGGCUGCGGCAGCAGGUGGAGGUGAUCCGGCGAAUGCUGCACACCAUCAUGCAUUGACAAAUGGCAGCAUUGUUGACACAAAAACUGGACAAACGGUAUUAACCACAUCGAGUGCCGCCGCUGCGGCCAAGUCGCAUUUUGGCUCAAUUGGAGCAUUGCAUCUCACCCAAGAGGAGUGCAAUGAGAUCCUAAUCAAGCGCGCCAUUGCAGCCGGCCACGGCCACCACCAGACGCACACACUCACCGCUGGCGACGGAGCCCACCACCAUCAUCAUUCGACGGCGCCGGGCGCGACACCAAGUUAUUGUUCCGUUGGCGGUGCAACAACACUCUUAGGUGACAUACUUCCUGGUAUUUCAGUUCAAGUACAGAAAGUAAUACAAGGACUCGAAGAGAACGAGGACUCGCAGGGCGACGCACCCAACUUAAAGUUGGAGCCAGGCACAUUAGAAUUGUCCCCAAAGACCGAACUACAGGAAUCAAUGCAUUUCAGCGAAACCGACGCCACCAUCAAAAAGGAGCGCCCGUACAGUUGUGACGAGUGCGGUAAAUCCUUUCUGCUCAAACAUCAUUUGACAACACACGCACGCGUGCACACAGGUGGCGAACGACCACAUAUUUGCACUCAUUGCGGAAAAAGUUUUGCGCACAAACAUUGUCUAAACACGCAUCUGCUGCUUCACUCAACUGAUCGGCCAUAUCAGUGUCAGGAGUGCAAGAAGAGCUUUACGCUUAAGCAUCAUCUAUUGACGCAUUCGCGCGUCCACAGCCGGGAACGGCCAUUUGUUUGCCAGGAGUGCGGACGUGCAUUUCCCCUUAAACGUCAUCUGGUGACGCACAGUAAAUUUCACGCCGGCGAACGUCCGUACGUCUGCGAAGAAUGCGGUGAAAGUUUCGCACAGGAGAAUCACCUGAUUAUGCACUCGCGCUUUCAUGGUUCAUUGAAUCCAUUUGUUUGCGCUGAUUGCGGAGCCUCGUUUCCACGAAAGUUUCAAUUGGUUAACCACGGUCGCAUCCACGGCAAGAUACCACACUCCUGCACAGUUUGUGGCAAAGAAUUUCUACAGAAGCGCACACUAGUUUCCCACAUGAGGCGCGUUCAUACCGGCGAGCAGGCGCACCCCUGCGUUAGCUGCGGCGAAGGUUUCCUCACCAAAGCGGAGCUGCAUCAGCAUGUGCGUGCAGCGCACAAUGGCGUUAAUCCCAAUACGAGCAGUGCUACCAUAAUAGCCAAUCAACAGCAGCUCCAACAGCCGCAUCAUCAUCCCGGACAUCCACAGACGAUCACCGUUGUCAGCAAUCCAGCUAAUUCAACGCUGCUCACCGUCUCCACAACCGAUGCGAAUGGUGUCACGCGUCCACAGUUCGUUUGCCGUGAAUGUGGCAGCGCGUUUAAUAGCCGUGAGGCGCUCGCCUUGCACUUGCGACUGCAUACAGGCGACAAGAGCUUGAUGACCGAUCUGUGCGCCUUGACAGCAGCGCUGCCUGGUCACUUCUUGAGCACGGCCAGCCUUAAUCCUGGCACUGUGGUCACGGCCAAUCCGAACCUGGUGGGACAGAGUCCGGUGCCGGUGCAAAUCAUAUCAUCAACCGGUCAGGUGAUGUCACAGACCACGCUGGUGCAGGCCGCCAAUUCGACCCAUCCGCAAGCCGUUGUCACAGCCGUGCCCACAAUGCCCGUCCACGGGCAACAGCAUCUGCAGCACGUCCAGCAACAGCAGCAGCAGCAUGUGGUCACCGUGUCGCCGGCCAACAAGCCUAAAUCGCAUUUCUGUGCCAGCUGCGGCAAGGGAUUCGCUGCCAAGCACGGCCUAAUGCAGCACAAUCGUCGACAUCCAAACGGCGGCUGCACGGUGCGCACCCAUGUUUGUGAAUGUGGAAAGGCGUUCUUCCAAAAGAAUCAUCUGAUGCUGCAUCAGCGCCAGCAUUUGGAAACAAAGCCAGCCAUAUCGCAGCAACAGGAGGCCGAGGUGCAACAGCAACAGCAGCAGCAACAAGCGCAAGCUGCAGCUGCAGCCGCCGCCGCUGCGGGUCAACAGCCUGCUCAGGUGGAGGUGCAGAUCGUAUCCAGUGGCCAUGGCCAGGGCAAGGUCAUCAAAUACGAGAUCUGUCGCAACGUGCUGCAGGAGGAGCAGCAACAACAGCAGCAGCAGCAGCAACAGCAAAACUCCAUGCACACAGAGUAAACUAAGAGACAGAUAGAGAGAGGGCGAGCGAAUGUAAGGGGCGGGACAGCAAGCGAGUGGAAGCGAGAGAGCGAGAGUUGAUAACAUUAUGAUAAGCAUUUCUGUUGUAACUAUUUGUAAAUAUACAAAGGCAAUUUGUGCAAUUGCAAUUGCGAGGCAAACACGAAGACGAGGACGAAGACGAAGACUUGCUCCCGCCCUCAAGAGAAACACACUCACACACAUACACAUAUGCAUAUGUACACCCACCCACGCACACCAGCAAGCAUAUAUACAUAUAUAUAAAUAUAUAAAUAUAUAUAUAUAUAGAACUUAUAAUAUAUGAACAGGGCAGCUUUGCAAGCCUCACACACACACACACACACACGCAACAGCUAAAAGUGAAUAUAAGAGAGGAGAUCCUUGUGCGUAUAUAAGAGUUAAGCGAUUCCCUUAGUUGUACUAAUUUAGUUAUCAAUUAGCUAUUCAUUAAAUAGACAACUAGCUAUAUAUAUAUAUAUACAAAUAUAUAUUUACACAGACACACACAUACAAUAUUAACUAUAAUUAGUAACUAUACUGUUAUAAUUUCUUUGUGAUGCAUUGGUCGCAUCUAAAACAAGAACCUCGUCUAAGUUGCAAAAGUUUUUACCUAAUUACGUUUUAAUUGAAACACUUUAAAAUCAAACACCAACACACAACACACCCACACACACUUAUGUAUGCACACAUAUGUAUAUAGAAAUAUAUAUACAUGCAUGUAUGGGUGUAUAACAUAUGCAUUAAGAUAUAUCGCCUAAAUGUAAACUGUGUAUACAUAAUAAAAAGAAAGAAUAAGAAAACAAACAGAAAAUAAAUACUAAGCAAACAAACAAACAAACAAAACAAAAACUACAACUAAAUUUAGAGUUAAACGUGAAAAAUUCAAACAAAAAUAACAAUUAUUUUAAUAAUAAUUUUAAUUUUAAUGUAAUACGUAAAUUAGCUAACAGCACUCUGGCGUCUCGAUCAUGUUUGUUGUGGGCGUGGUCGUGGGCGUUUGUCCAACACAAAAACAACAAUUUGCAAAGCUUGUAAAUAAAAGAGAAAUACAGAAAAUGGAAUGGAAUGGAAUAAUAAUAACAUGCAACUAGAACUUAAGUAAAUGCAAAACAGGUCUAAAGCAGAAUUAAAUAAAAAGUAUGAUGAAAUUAUUGAAAGUGUUGGCAAUGGUGCCUGGCACAGUAACUAAAGAAUACUAGUAUCUAUAACUGAUAUAAAUACAACAGAGCAACAUAAAAGUAGAUUACAAAUAAAAAGUAACAUAACAGAAAGAAAUAAUAUUAACAAGAAGGAAUAUAUGAGUACA